AUCAAUGUUAAAAUACUGGCCCAGCUGACACAGGAAUGCACAGAUAAAAUAUGAAAUCUGCUUGCAUUUAGUUGUCUAUCAAACUCUUUUUCACGCAUAAUGCAGUCUGUUCAAAUGUCAUCAGACAAAUUUUCUGAAUUGGAAAGCUAGCACUAAGAGAUCAACAUGUGCCUUCACAUACGCAUGCGCAAAUGAUGCGAGUAAUUGAGGGGAAUGGAAAGAUGGCGGUGACCUACAGAUCUAGAGCUUAUUUUGUAUAUUCAACAUGUGUGAUGUGCCGGCGGAGCUACAGGGGAUAGAUAUAAACCAAACAAAGGCUAGCGGAUUCGAUGUGAACUGGAAGUUAAGUAGGUAUGUCGCUUGUCAUUGAGUUCCCUUCGUUCGCCUGGACCAGCACUAGUUUGUUUAGAGUUUGUGAAGAAACGAAGAAGAAAGGAAAAACCAUUUAUAAGAGGAAAGAUAUAACACACGGCCUAUUCGGAGGACCAGUGCUAGACCGCAUUACAGCGAUAAGUUGUGAUUAUUGUCAAAAUAAGUUGUUCCAGUUAUUUUCCGGGAAGGAAUUAAGAGUUUUCACACCAGGUUUUCCGUUUGGAUAACUGGAUGAGUAAUUACGUCAGGUUUCGCGUCAACACUUUAAUGCUUUUCUUAAAUUUUCAACCAUUUUUCUCAUCUUUUUCUGAACUAUGACAUUGGGUCAUGUGGCAAGCUCGCUAUACGAAAAGCCGAGUUCACCUUACAAAAAUACCUUUAAUCCCAGAAGCAUUGUUACGACUUGUCUCCUUCUGUUGAUCUGGUUUGUUCAUGGUUGUUUAAAUAUUCUCCACUCGGAAUCAAAAUUGCUCUCCCACCCCUCCACCAGCUUGUGCGAGAUCAGGAACGAUGGGGAGAGUUCAAGUUCCUCAAUCGUUAACCGGUCCCAGUGCCUUGAUCUUAAUUCUCAAUUCAGUGAAAGUAUUUGCAAUAUUAGUGAAACACACAGAACACAGGAAAUACGGAAGUACCGUUUAAAUUUCUGUAAAGAAUAUUCGGUGUUCUCGGUGAUUCCAAACAAGGAUAUAGUUAACGAAAUCGAGCAUACUGGUUGUUUAAAUUAUCUUCAGAAAAUCAUUCUUUUGGACCAGGAGGUUGAAAAUAUGUAUGAGGAAUUUAAACAAAUAAUGUUCAAAUUUGACUGUUCCCGGACCCAGUAUUCGGUGAAAUGGACAUGUGUUGAUUGCGAGGUAGCAUAUAGGAAGUGGCUAUGCUCAUUACAUAUAGACUACUAUCAUGCGUGCUACUUCGACAGAGACAUACCCGUACCGCCCUGUCAAGACAUGUGCAUGGAGGUAGAGCGCAAGUGCCCAUUUUUUCGUCCAAAUACGUCCUACGCUCAAGCAGGAGACCCUAGCUUUAUAUGCAAAGAUCGUGAUAUUUUUAAGGAAGAACCCUUUUCCAAUUGUUACAAGGAUUGUCACCUGAGACCAAAUGAUUGUGAAUUUCCGUGCAAAUUAGAGGAGACUACAGUCUCAUCGUCAUCAACCUUAUUAAAUGAAUCUACCGAUUCCAGCAAAAUUACACCAAGAAGCAAUUCAAGUGAACGACUUGCGCUUCAACAAACACCGACUUUAGUGAAUAUUGUACUAUUUGUUUUAAACCUUUGCAUAGUUAGGACGUUGUUACAAUAUAUGUCUAUAGGUUGGACAUAGGUAGGGUCAUGUAUAUAGUAUAGUAUUUCUAGGAAUAUAUAUAUAUAUAUAUAUUUAACCAUAUUGCACCAUUAAUACUGAGGAGGUUGGUUUUUUUGAUGGCUUUAAUUUUCGCGGUUUUAACAAAACCUUGGAUGUUUCUCACAGAAGUCAUGAAACUUUGUACGGUUUUUUCUCUAUUGAUUUUAUUUCAAAUAUUUUUUUUCGUGACUUAAUUCCAUCCUCAAAACCAGCGAAAAUAGAAUUUCUCGAAAACAACAACCUCUACAAUAAUUAACAUGUGAACGAGAUGAAAUGUGUGGAAUCUUUUGCCAGUUGUUUUAUUAUGAUAUUGGUAUUAUUUCUGAAAAUCAAUUAUCCUUUUGCUAGGAACAGAGAAGAGUAAUAACUUAUCAAGUUCAAGAAUCAUUAUCAAAUUAAUAUCGUGUUUAUUAAUAUGAACACGUGCAGGAAAUGGAAAUAGCAUUAACUAUUUUGACGUCAUAAAUGAUGUUCAAAUGACAUCAAGGACAUAUAUACAUAUAUAAUGUUGUGACGUCAUAACAGCGACAGCAGAGCUAAAUUGAAAAUCUUGCCGUAGAGGAGGACUUGGAAGGAGUUAUGCAUUAUCAACAGUUUUUUCAUAUAAGAAAACGAUAUGAAUUAUGGCACUCCUAAGACUUCUUGCAUUUUUUCACUUUAGAGUAGAAGUACACUCUAAAUUCAAAAGGUCUAUAACUCGUUCAUAAAUCUUAUAUAGAAUAGGAAUGUAUACUGCUUAUAGCCUGCUACAGAAACAAGAAACCAAUAACAGCACUUCCAUAUACAUUCAGGGAUUGACAUAUUUUAACCCAAUUUUAACCCAAUACGAUGCAUAUUUUCUGAUGUUUAAUUUAUAAGUUAUUAUUGUAUGUUUUGUUUAAAUGCUAACCCAGCUUUCUGUUUCUUAUAUAUAAAUAGUCAUUUGUCGUGUGUUGUGAUUUAAUCUGAAGGUUGUUUAUAUAAUCACUUACUUUGCUGACUGUUUAUGAUAGUUAUAUUUAGUUUAUCAGCGAAACCCGAAUCGAAACCAAAUCUUCAUUGCCUGCCUUUCACUAAAAUCACGUGAUUUAAGGUUUAUCUACAAAUGAAUGAAAUCACCACUUAAUUAACACAUGAUAAACACUUACUCCGCACUUAAUUGCAGUGAGUUUAAUGUGGGAUGGCUGACGGCAUUAUACCAUCAUCUGACGUCAUAUGUAACAUUUUGAUAUUGCAAUUAUAUUCCUUGUUUAACCUUUCUAUAAAUCAAAUCAAAAAGAUGUGAUUUCCACACAGUAAAACUUAAAAUUUAAAAUCUAAUUUCUAAAACAGAUAUGUAGUUGGGUUAAUGCGAUGCUUCAAACUCACGCUUUUUGUACAUUUAAGAAAUAAAAAAAUACAUGUUUCCUUCGGGACCUGAACAUAAAUUGCAGCCUUUUCAGCUCGCCUGGCCCGAAUGGCCAAGUUUGCUCGGAAGAAUAAUGAAACUGAUUUAUCACAAAUCUGGGACCCAAUAGGAAAUUAUUUAAAAAAAAUAGUUAUCAAAUUCGAAACUCUUUGUUAAAUUACUGAAUAGCUGAAUUAGCUAGAUGAACAAUGCAGACCCCUUGGGCCUCUUGUCCAAAUUUACUAUAUCAACAAAUUCUCUGAUCAUGCACGUUAUUAAUUAUCCAUAAUUGCGGUUUCAUUACAAAAUAAAGCGAAAUCGUUCACAAGGACCGAACAGUGUCACUUUCUGGCCAGUACAUUUAUCAUUGCUUUGUCGGAUAUUAUUAUUAUUAUUAUUUACUUUUGGUUUCACAUUUGCAUUUAUGUUGGAAUAAAUUUUGACACAAUUUUGUCCUCAUGGAAGUCUUAAUUUUUUUUUAACCAGUGACGUUUGUAAUAUCAUAUCAGUGAUACAAGUAGCGCUUCGGGGUUUCGCCACUAGAUGUAUUGUUGCAGAUUUUUGUGUAAAAGUGUAGCAGCUCUUUAUCUGCGUAUCAAUUUUUUCCUAAUUUUAUUGUUUAAUUCUAGUUCUUAGAGCUGCGUAAUAUUUUGUUUUCGGUUAGGUAUAAAUAAAUACAAAAACAUAAAUGUAAGAAUCGUCAAACUUUCGGGGUUUUAGAAUUAAAUGGUAAGCAAUGUCAACUACUGAUGCGGAAAAUGUCAUAUUUUAGAUCCUCUUACGGAUGAUUAAGUUCUUGGAUAAACAGUUCACAUACAGAGAAAUAACUCACUCGAGUUUUAUCUUUCAACAAUCUUUUUCUUUAAAGACUUAAUAGUUGGUAUAAUGAGGCAUACCGUGUUGGUUGGAUCAACAACUUGACGUGUUGCUAGCUAGCUUACAGAAACCAUGAUCAUCAAUGAGCCAGAGAGGAUGUGGUAUUUGUCAGGGGUUAGGAUUAUUUCACGUUUGUUCUUCCUAACUGUUGUACGACAUAACAGGACAUUUCAGGUGUCCAGAUUGACAAAUUACUAGCGUUCGCUUCAUUUCAGUUGGAAUUGUUUUGAAGCCAAAGUAUUAUGAAUUACAUAGUUUAUUUCUGCUGUUGCUGAUGUCAUUGGUGUCUUAGCGUCUGUAAACAUGCAUUAUUAGCUUUGUUGACUGAUUUUACCAAAAAAGCAACAAGCUUUAGCGUCAUAUUAUUUAACGUUAUAUAUAGUUAGCACAAAUAUAUGUGAAUUUUACCAUUGUAAAUACUUAUGCGUACGACUUGAUGUGCAGAUAUUUUAUCUUCCAGGUGGAUGAUGGCAAAUGAUACCAAACAUAAGAUAAAUAUUCCACAUGUUGGAGUGUCUUGUUGGUAUGUAUAUAUCAUAUAAGUUACAAGUAUUAAGUGGUAUGUCGUCUACAAACAGAUAAAGUGAAAUUGUGUGGUGAGAUUGCAUUGGCAAUGUAGGAAGUCGACUUCUGGAUGAGUGCGCAUGCGUGGUUUUAUAUAAAAAUUAAACUUUAAAAAAAUCAUGUUAUUUACUGCAUAAAAAUGGAUUGGUAUUAUGUGUGAUUGUGUCGGUAUAUCAACAUACAAGUGUGUAGUGAUGUUCUGAUUGCAGUAUAUAAAUUCAAUAUGUGUGUUUUGUUUGAAAUUAUAAUAUUUCUUUGUCGACAAAUUAAAUACUAGACCAGCACAGACAUUUAAUCUAAGACCAGUGUCAGUCCAUAGUACUAAAUUGUCGGUCUAUGUGAUUGUGUUUCUUACGUACAAAGAUGUAACUAUUUGAGAAAUAAUCAAAACUUAUGCAUGUGUUGAGUUUGAAAACACAACGCGGAUAAAAAAAAAGUGUUCCUGUAAACAUGAUAAACGAAAGUAAAAAUGUCUGAUAAAACAGCUAUAUGUUUAAAAUAAUUCUAAUUCAAAGCUGCAAAACCCUUCAGAUCAGGUAAACAUGCUUAGUUUAACAAAAGUGGGAAGAGAGAUGAAACUGAAGGCUUCCUUUUUCCAAUAUAUCAAGGUUUAAGACCGUUACAUAUCCGACAUGGUCCAACCGCACACAUGACUUGCACUAAUUCAAGAAUUUGCUGACAAAGCAGUAUUUUCUUUGUUGUUUAAAUUGAAGUUAUAUCAGAACAUUUCAUUGAUUUUGAAAUAAUAUUUACGUAAAAUUAUUCAUGUCACAAUCUUAGAUAAUCGAAUCCCAAAAUUGAUUCUUUGAAAUAAUGCUUGUAAUUUCACAUAAAGUCAUUAAAAGAUUAUUAAAACAAUCUGAUUUUUUAUUAGCCGAGUAAAACUAGCGAAUGAUAAACAAUAAAAUAUUGACUUGGUCACCAUGGCCUGUUUUAAUAUGAGUUGGUAGAAAGGGCAAUGAAACUAACAGUAGAUGACAGAGUAGCUGGUAACUCAUUUUUUACUGGCAAUAGGGGACAAUAUUUAUUUUGAAAAAUGAUAAAUAAAAUAAAUUAGGUCAUACAUAUAUUGCAGUUGUUUAACUUUCAAUCUUAAUACUAACAUUAGAGCGAAUUACUGUAAAAUAAUUAUUUUAGUGGUAAUCUAAAUUUAGUGAUUUUUUGACAUUAUUGCGCGAACAUUGCUGAAUAUUGUUUAUAAAUAGCAAUAACUACUGAUGCACAAAUGUGACAAUGCGCUAAACUUUGGUUAUACGUUUUAAGUAAAAUCACCGUAAUUUUACAGUUUUAACGUUUUAUGGUGUAUAUAUUGGUUUGAAUUCAGGUUAGUAUUAAAAUAAAAUUCCCAAUAACAAAUGACCGCUUAAAAUCACUAUUACAAGGUUUUAGUAAACGUUUUGAAGUAGUUUAGGAGUGUGUUUGAAAUAUUAGUUAGAGCAAGUCAUUAUUCAGGUCACUUUGUACCGGUAAGUCCGCCCAUUUCAUGUUAAUGAUUAUAUUUUCACACGAAAUAAUAUUCUUUCUUUCAUUCGUGAAAUGUCAUACACGGUCUUAUUUACAAACAUUACAGAUGAUAACUAAGGAGAAAUCAUUACAAUAUGUCAAAUUUGCAUUCACAAUAGUAGAUAUAUAUCUUAGUUAUUAAUUGAAAAAUUAUUCUCCCACAAAAAUAAACUGGUCACCAUCACCUAUGAAUUUUAAUUUCACUUUUGUCUUAAUUGCAAUAAUAGAAAAUACGUUUAUGAUGUCUGGCUGGUUUGUUAGGAUAUUACAAAUUAUUGAAUAAUGAAUUUUAUAAGAUAAGUCGUAAUGGUUGUUUUGCACGGUGUGUGAAAUUUGUAGUAGCGGGAAAUGUACAAUUGAAAUAUACCUCCAUAGCAAUCAACAAACCAAACGAUUUCCUCAAUCAUCAUAUCAAUCACGACAAGCCAGAAAGCUGCACAGCCACUUGAAGGAACUGAUGUAAUGUUAGGCUGCACGUCAUUUAUCAGCAAUUCUUUAAAAGCUUUUCCUCCCGAACCAUUAACUUUGUGUGAUUCAGUUAAAUAUGUAUCAUCGAAACAGAAUAUAAUGCGUAAAAUUUUAAGGCAUUUCUGACAUUAUUUUAUAAUUGAAAUCAGAAGUAGGUUACAAAGGAACAAGAAACACACUCAUUUGGUCAAUAAUUCACACAGUGUGAAAAUGAAAUUAGUUUACUGAAACGAUGGUUUCAUUCAAUGGUUAAAUGUCAUUUCUCCAAUUAGCGAAAAGGGCGAAGGGGAAAUAUUUCUAUUGAAGUCAUGAAAUAAAUUAAGAAUUAUCCCUUCAAACUUCAUUGAUAUUAUGAAAAAUUACAUUUUUUCGAUCUAUGAAAAAUGAAAAUUAGGCUUCCUCGAAGGUUAUUGAUCGUAACCUUAACAGUGGGACAACAUGAUGUAACCCAAUUUUUAUAUAAUAUUCCAGAUUAAUUUUAGUAGCUAGAGAACCGGAAUGUUUGCUGAUGCUUCUAAAAAUAAACGAUCGAAAAGAUGGAUGUCGCCAGUGAAGCAGAAGACGUCAGUCUUCUGGAACAAGAGGUCCUAUCUUCCUUACAAAUUUUCUGAAGUAUUCAUAUAUAUUUUCCAUUUAUCAUAUAGUGUCCAAGUUUUUUAAAGUUUAUGUUUGAGAUUAAGAUUUUAAUGACAAGUUGGUAUUUUCUUUUUUCUUCUUUUAUGACAAUUCGAGGUAGUUUCGCAGUAAAUUUGUUAACAAUAAAAAAGUAGUCCGUUUUUAACCGUCUAAAUACCAACCAAACAUGUUUAUCAUAAACAUAUGAAUCAUAAACGAAUGAAGAAUCAUCAUCAUCAUCAUCAUCAUCAUCAUCAUCAUCAUCACCAUCAUCUUCAUCUUCAUCAUCAUCAUCAUCAUCAUCAUCAUCAUCAUCAUCAUCAUCAUCAUCAUCUUUUCUUAAGUUUUUAUUUUCUUGUCAAUGAGUAACUGGGGCGUGUUCUAAGAGAUAUUUAGUCUAUCACUAAUCUGUCAUUUUCAAAAAUAUACCCCAUCGAGUUUUCAUUUCCAGUAAUCGAUAUAUAUAAAAUUCGUGCGAGUCCACACAUAACAUAGUCUUAAAUUGAGUUGUCAAAUUCAAAGAUGGUUCAUGAAACGAAUAUUUACAACAUAUUUAUACAGAAGUAGUGAAAGUGUUAUUUUUGUUGGAAUUUAAUCUUCCGCAAAACAGAUCUUUCGAGACAAAUCAAUGAUUUUCAUGAAAUAAGAAGAUAAUGUGAAAUAAGUUACCAAUUCUUGAGCAGAGACCAUUUUCUCUGGAGCAGAAGACGCUUACUGUUUUGGAACACCUGGUCUUAUUCUCUUUUUAUCAGAGGUCUACGUGAAAAUCUUUCUUUUGUUUAUAUUUCGGCCUAGUUUUAUUGAAUUUGAGUUUGAAUUAUGAUUCUGUUAAGAUGGUGGUAUUUUCUUGCUGUUUCAAAGCUUAAAUCCUUAAAAACUUACAUAUAAAAUAUAUGGAAAUUCACACAGUGUUUCUUAAUACUGUAUACCAGGAAAAUUUCACCCCCGUUUAAUAUUCUCCCUUGUCGCCUAUGAACUGGGAGGAUUAACUUGAGAUGUAUAUAACGUAUAUAACCAUUUUUAUAUAAUCAUAAGGGGACGAAAUGGACAUUCAAGUAUGGUAAGAAGGCGGAAGUAACCUGGGGCGAAAUUAUCCCGGCAUACAGUAACUAUCAGUAUGUGUGUGCUAAUCUAAAAUUUAAUUUAGUGCUCGAUUUGACACAAGCCAGCAGCAUCAGUCUUUCUUGUAUAGAUCCACUACUUAUCGUCUCGUAUAAGAAAAUUAACAGAGCAUUAAUAACACCGUUACAUAGAAUUUGUUUCUUUUUUUGUAUAUAAAUAGAGCGAUAGUGAGUGUUCGUUUAAUUGGAUCUACCGUAAGAAAAUAUAUUUUCGUGGGGCUGAAUUUAGCAUCCAAUGACAUAUGAUUUUUAUUUCACAAGAUCAUAUUAUACUCGAAAAAAAAGUCUUGUCAAUAUUAACUUGUGAAUUUGUGGAUGAAAAGUACCUACGAUAUCAACGGAAAUGAAAUACCACGAAAAUUGAUAAUUUUAUAUUAUGUCAGACAAAACUGAAGGUGUUCAUGAUAUACAUACAUAACUGAAUCAUAGAGAUAUAAGUAUGAUUGACAGGUUGAACAGAGCCAGAUGUGUGUUUACAUAUUGUACAGAAAAUAGACAGAAAAAGGUAUGUUUGAUGAGGAAACUGACUUAGAUGUGAGGUUAUAUUUCUCAUAUUCUACAUCGUGUAAUACUGACACGAUAGUCACCCUUCUCUACCUGAAAUAUUGCCAAAAGAUUCAUUCGUGUUUUUUGGCCUUUGUGUAGAGACUGUUAAUUCAUAUGAAGAUAAUGUUAAACGUGAUAUGUUUGUUUGAAAAUAUAUACAAGUUUAAUAAAAA